GAGUCUUGAAGCCGGACUUCUUGAGCGGAAGUGGAAAAGAUGGGAAGUGAAGAGAAGUCGCGGAAGAGGAGAUCAUCUCUCUCGCCUUCUCCUUCUCGAGAGGAGGCCGAGAAGGGCAGGAAGCAUCGGAAGAAGGAUGGUGAAGAGAGGAGGCGGAACCGUGACGUUGAUGAAGGUAAUGAUCGAAAGAAGAAGACGAAGAAGACGAAGAGCAGUGAUAGAUCCCAUAAAGAGAAGAAGUCUAAGGAGAAGCAUGGAAAGCAUAGGAAUAAGAAUUCUGAUUCAUUUGUAGAGUUGUCGAAAGAUGAUUAUUUCUCAAAGAACAAUGAAUUCUCAACCUGGUUGAAAGAAGAGAAAGGCUUGUACUUCUCCGACCUCUCAUCCGAGCAAGCACGGGAUGAGUUCUCCGGUUUCAUGAAGGACUGGAACAACCAUAAGUUAGCCUCCCGGUACUAUGAGGGCAUAGCUAGCGGACCUCGAACAGCCCAUAAUUGGAAAAUCAGGAAAGACAAGUAGGGACUCAGUUGUGUUUUUCACCGGCAUUCAAUGAUAUUGUUAGUGUUAAUCUAGUGAAGCGUCUUUGGGUUAAAAUUUUAUCAGAUUAUUGUGCCAGUGUUGCUUCAUUUCGAUCAUAAACAGUAGUGAUCAGUGAAGACGAUGAACUUCCGUAUUUCCUACUUUUUUUUUUUGGCUUGUCUGUGUUUUAUGUCU